GCCGCCAAGUACGAACAAAUACCGAAAAUGAAGUUUCUGAGUGUCGCAGUUUUUGUUUUGGCUGCCGUGGGAUUCGCUCUGUCUGCUAAUGGUAUCAUAAAAAACGUUUUGUCGCUCUAUGGAAAUGGCCUAGACAUUCCACCUUACGACAAUACGGCGGGAAUUUCGAGUCUAUCACCAUAUGCGAGCCUUUUUCGACGACGAUGCCCGUUAUGCGAUUCCUCGGUAUACAGUUAUUGUAGUGACAAAUUGUUUCACGAUUCCUGUUGCUGCCACAAUCCAAAUAAUCCUUAUGAUCGCCUACCAUUACAGUGCAGAUUUGCAGAUUGCAGUUUCCUCCAUGCAAACACUUGCCAAGAACACAAGUUGAUAUCAGCAUGUUGCUGUACCAGCGUCUUUUUACAAAAGAAGUAGGCAGUAACAAAUGUACCAUGUAUUAUUUAUUUAUUUAUUACAUAAAUUAUUUUACACAAACAUUAUAUGGUUAUUUUAACGAAAGUAGGAUGGGGACGAAGAAAAAACAUGAAGUUUUGGUCAUUCUAAACAACCUUUAUUUCAAUAAUAUAAAAGUACAGUGAAAACAAAAUAAAUAUAUAAAAUAAUUUACAUAUGAUAUUUUUGACCUGGUAAGUUUUAGAUGGGCUAAAGUUGGACUAGUUUAAAAUUUUUUCGCUCAACUGGCAAGAAAAAAGUAGUGACUAUUAAAAAUAGAAACCGUUAUAUUUGAAGAGCAAUGUUUAAAAUUGAUAGGUAGGUACCUAAAUUUGUUUUCAUCCACCUAAAGUCCAGGUUUCAAAUCAACUUAAAGCACCUCUCUUUCUACCCUAUAAAUCUGAGAUCACUGAUAUGAGUAUUUUAAAACAUCUCCUACCAAAACAAGACAAACAAAGCCAGUUUUAAGGCCAUAUCUCAUUAUGCAACACUGAAAGGAUGUGAGAUACCGUGACACAUCGAAUAUAAAGUGAUUUUUGGUCAAUUUAAAUUUUCAGUCUAUCUAUUCAACUGAAAUCCUCUAAUUACACUGUGUCGUACAUUUAAAACUGCGGUUUUUACAAAAUAUUUGUAUACUUGUACAUUUUAGGUGUGCUGCUUAUUUUAUUCUAUAAGUAACUGGUUAAGUUUAGAAACACAGGAUCUUUACUUAUAUUUAAUCACAACAACUAUAUUUAAAAAAUAAUUGACUAACACAUUGAAAUAAAAUCCUUCACAGCAAUAUACUUGCUUUACUAUUUUAUAAUAAAAUCAGUCUUAGAAGCCAAUAAUAAAAGCAAAAGAUCACAAACAAAAUGGCACACAAAUUAUAAAUAUUAUCUUAUUGUAAUGAGCAAGUGUGUAUGAAAUCAUCAAUUCCUAAUAUAAAGCAGUAUUAGUCUGCUGUCCUAUGUUACAGCUGCGGUAGAGUUUUUAUGAGGAUAAAGGAGAUACAGUACAAAUAAGGAAUCACUUCACUAAUAUUAAAUUAUUUAUAAAUUCACUCUAGUCUUUAACCACUGAGAAUAUUUAAAGACGAAAGUAUAUAUCAACAGUAUUAACAAAAUUAUUUACAAAACACUAAGGUCUGAUUUCAUAAUCACACUAAAGUCGACUUUAAAAUAAACAUGAUGUUGCGGCAAUGCUUUAAAGCUCCAUUAAAUUUAAAGGACAUUUUAGAUCAUUAUAAAAUCAGUCCUAACUGGGAUAAAAAUCAUUAAGUACGAGGGACAAUUACUAUAAAUACUAGUACAACCCCUGGUCUAUACGUUGAGACCCAAAAAUUGAUUGCACGGUGUGUGUGCUGUAUUGCUUAGUUGCAUUUUUAUUCCAAUACUGAUAGUACUGUAUUGGUACUGAAAAUGUUAUGUACGUUUUACUCGAAUAUCAGAUCCGAUACAUUUUAGUUUAAACCUGAAUGCAUGUAGACAAAAUAUUGCCUGGCAGGAGGACUAGAAGAAAGGCAUUACCAAAAAACAAACAUCGGGUAUCCUGAUUAUAUUUUUGUUGUCACGCCAAUAUAAAUAUUGUCAAGAAAAAUAUGUUUUAGUUGCUGUAAAAAUAUAUCAAACUGAUAAAAUCAGAUCAGUGUGCCUUAUAAUGUUUCAAAAAAGAAUACUGAUGAGGACAUGCUAUUACUAUAAAUUCUGAAAUACGAAUCAGGAUAUUUUUUAAAUCUUCCAUUACUUUUUAUCAAUUAUUCUUUAUUUUCAGAAUUCUGUAUAUUUGGAGCUUCCUGAUUUAAAUGUGUAUUAAGACAUUAAAAUAGCAAGUAAAAAACAAAGUUAAAAUAAUUAUUUACACUAACUUCUGAAAAAUUCCUUUAGCGAUUUUGUAAUUCAAGACGUAAUACCACACUAUUCUACAUCCUCCAAAAUGCUUUCAAUUUUUAUGAAACCUCUUCAUUUUCAAAUUUGUAAGUAAAAUUUAAAAAUGUAACAAUAAUUCUUGAUU